AAGCAGGGGAAAGAUCAAGGAUGAGGACUGGGAAUCAAGGGUGGGAAAAGCAGUGGGGGAGGGGGAGCCACUCUGCCUGGGUGGGAGCUGCUCUCUCCGCCUGGGAGCCCUGUAGGCUGGGGCAUCUGCAUCCGGCGGCCACAGAGCAACUUCCUCUAGAGGGAGCUGAUUGGAGCCGGGAACCGCCGGCACCUCUAUGAUCGCCGCAGCCUCGCGGGUCCCUAGGGCCGUGCUGGGACCAGCAGAGGCUGCAUCCAGACACCAGGAAUUCACUGACGCCCCUUCCUGGGAGCCAGGCCUGGGUACCUGACCCUGGGAGCAGCCACUGGCCCCUCAGGAUCUCCAGCCUCUGCCCUGCUGAGCCGUCCCGGGCCUGGGCCAGGGUCCGGGCAGGCUAACACUGCCCUUCCUGCCAGGACCUGAGAAAUGGCAUCCGGACAAGGUCCAGGUCCUCCCAGGCAGGGGUGCGAAGAACCUGACCCCUCCUCCACUUCGGAGGAACAGGUAGCCCGGGACACGGAGGAGGUUUUCCGCAGCUACGUCUUUUACCGCCAUCAGCAGGAGCAGGAGGCCGAGGGGGCGGCCGCGCCCACUGACCCAGAAAUGGUCACCUUGCCCCUAGAACCUAGCAGCACCAUGGGGCAGGUGGGUCACCAGCUGGCCAUCAUCGGGGAUGACAUCAACCGGCGCUACGACUCCGAGUUCCAGGCCAUGUUGCAGCACCUGCAGCCAACAGCAGAGAACGCCUAUGAGUAUUUCACCAAGAUCGCCUCAAGCCUGUUUGAGAGCGGCAUCAACUGGGGCCGAGUGGUGGCUCUACUGGGCUUUGGCUACCGCCUGGCCCUCCACGUCUACCAGCGCGGCCUGACUGGCUUCCUGGGCCAGGUGACCCGCUUCGUGGCCGACUUCAUGUUGCAUCACUGCAUUGCCCGGUGGAUCGCACAGAGGGGUGGCUGGGUGGCAGCCCUGGACUUGGGAAACGGCCCCAUCUGGAAUGUGCUAAUAGUUCUGGCUGUGGUUUUGUUGGGCCAGUUCGUGGUACGAAGAUUUUUCAAGUCAUGACUCCUGGAGGGGUCCUUUGGGGUCCUGAGACCCCUGCGUGGACUUUGGCCCAGUCUUCUCCCUUCACCUCCUCCCCUGCAGGGGUCCCUUCCUUAAGAGUACAGAAGCUUUAGCAAGUGGGCACUCCAGGUUUGGAGGGCCCCUGCCCAGGGGUCCAUCAGACUGCACGGGUGCCCCAACAUUGCAUGGUGCUAAAGGGCCCCCUCUCAGAGAGGGGCUGUGGCCCCCUCCCUUAGCUCUCUGGGACCCCCUUGGCCCUGCCUGCUGGGUGUUGGGGAGAUGAUAAGUUGGGGAAGCAAGAGGCUAGGAGCCGCUUCUCCCCAAGGGGUUGUUAACGGUUUUAGCUUUUUAUAAUAUCCUUGGGGGGACACUCCCCCCCUCCGAUUCCCACCACUCUACCCAAAGCCAGGACGUCUGGGGUGUGGGGGUUAAUAGCCCUACUCUUUCCCAGGAUUCAGCUGUUCUGGAAGGUCAGAGCUUAAAUGCUGGGCCUGGAGCUCAGUCCUGGCCCUUCCUAAACAUCAUGUCCCCCAGGAACAGGGCCGGUGGGGGGUGGGGAUGAGGUACGGCUCAGCUCUCCUCCACGCCCCACUCCCCCAUAUUGCCUUUGCAGUUGGACUCUCAGGGAUUCUUGGGGGUGCAGUGGGGGUGGAGUGGGGGUGCAGACCAUCAGCACCUUCCAAGCCUGCCUCCUGAGGCCCUCAUUCUCUCCCUUCCCCUCACCUAUUACCACUUGCUCCCACACCCACCCCCCCGACCCCUGCUCACUAUAAGUGAAGCUUGCCCCACCCCAUCACUCCAGAGAAGGCAGGCAGGGGGCUUGGGUGAGUGCAGUGCUGAGGCCCCCUUCCUCACCCAGACUACAGGGUUUAGGACUGCAGUUUUGUUAUGGUCAGGGAAAGGGGGUAGGGAGCUCAACUUGAAGUUUCUGAGUGAGAGAAGGGCUAUUAACACCACUAGGAAUCCCAGGGUUGGGAGCCGCCCUCGUGGCCUGGGCACAGUGUAGUCUGGGGUUACGGACAGGGGAACUGUGAAUAUUUGAACUCUACCCCCAGUCUCUACACUCCUCACUCCACGCCUGCCCAUGCCUCUCCUGAUGGGUGGGGUAGGAGUGCCUCGUCUAUCUUGUACAGCCUAGGGGUUUGGAGGUCAGGGGAGAGGAGUUCUUGAUGAAGCCAAAUGCAGGGAGGGGGUGCAGAUGGAGCCAGCUGGCCACCUCCCACCCUCUGAGUGUGUCUGAAAAUAAACUGC